CCCGCCGCGAGACAACAAUUUUAUCCAGUUGUUUUGAGUAAUAAUGUUUUGGCUGUAUAUGAAUAUGAAUGUGUUUGAGUAAGGAUAAACAGAGCAGAAACAUGACAGGGAACGUCAGAUCGCAGACUAACGUCAGAAGGGCGGUGGAUCCACCCAACGGAGGCUGGGGCUGGGUGGUCGCCCUGUCUGGUUCCAUGAUUCUCGCCUGCUCGUUUGGUAUCAGCCACUCCAUGGGCGUUUUCUUCGUUCCGUGGAGACAAGAGUUUGUGGAUGCUUCGGCCGCUGAAGUCGCUUUGGUUCCAGCAAUGGUGAUGGGGAUAACCAAUUUGGCAGCACCCAUAGCGAGUGGCCUGGGUCGGAAGUUCGGGUUCCGUCCGGUCAUCAUGGCGGGAGGUGUGCUGGCGGCCGCAGGGUUCUGUCUCAGCCGGUUUGCCACUCACAUCUCACAUCUCUACAUCACUAUCGGCUGUCUUGUCGGGUUUGGAGGAAGCCUGAGUGUCACAAACAUGCUGGUUUGCCUGGGCCGAUACUUCACCACAAAGCGACUCCGCGCCAACAGUAUCUCCACCCUGGGAGGAAGCCUGGGUUCUUUUGCGUUCCCACCUGUAUUCCAACUUCUUAUCGAUGAAUACGGAACUAAAGGGGCGCUCUUAAUCGCCGGUGGAUUCGCUCUUCAUAUCGUAGCGUUCGGAGCACUUAUACGGCCGCUCUACCUCAAAUCUGAAGCCAAAGUCGUCAAGCACACGAAAAAGCAAUCUAUCGCUUUCGACGACAACGCUAUAGCUUUAGUAAAAGAGAAAGAUGGACAUGGUCAUUGUAACUUGAGGGAACGAUGCUUGUCUGUGAUUGAUCUAACCCUUUUGAAGCAGCCCUCCUUCUUAAUAUUUCUGAUAUCGGUUGGUUUUGUUGCGUCGAACAGACAAACCUCCAACAUCUACCUCAUCCCUCGUGCAAAGUUUCUCGGCGUAGACGACUAUCCUGCCGCUUUCCUGAUGUCGAUUGUUGGCAUCUUAGGCAUCGUUGGCCGCGGUGUUUCCGGAGUUUUGCCCGAGUGGGAGAGGUUUCGAAGAAUCGACCAGUACGGAACGGUCGCGGUUCUGAUGGGGUGUGCGAUGAUGCUCGUUCCCUUGGCCAUUUCGUACGGCAGUAUGGUCACGUACAGCGUCUUCUUUGGACUGCUGUUUGGAGCGCUCAUCCCACUAACCAUAACCACAGCCGCAGAUCUUGUUGAAGUUGAGAGACUCCCGACUGCCAUGGGACUACGGAUGUUCGUACAAGGGGUCGCUACGCUAGUGGGACCAACUGUUUCAGGGGCCUUAGCUGAUGCCACAGGGAGCUAUGAUGUCACAUAUCUACUUGGAGGAGCAUGUGUUCUGUUUGGAGGACUGAUACCGUUCUUACUGCACCUGCACAUGUUCUCUCAACACAAGGACAGUGUCACAGACAUAGCAGACAGGGAAGCAUCAGAAGAUGAUGAUGAACCUAGACUCUCUGAGAGACCAAUGAUUAUCACUAAAGAAACAACGUUAUGAGCUUAGGCCACAACAAUUUAAUUUGUUGUUUCUCGGAUCAUUUUUUUCUGAUUUGAAAAAAAAAUAGGUGG